GUAGCCUAUGUCGGAACACGGGUUUCUAGAUAACCUAAGCUGAAUAGCCUGUUGCUAAUUUGCCUGAGUUUGAUGGUGAGUGCAUCUACUACAGGUGUGAAUAUGUAUGGGGCUCCUGUGGAUUUAUCUUUUAAAAACAUCAGCAGCUUGGCAGACGCAUGGACAGAGGAACCCAACAGCGGUCUUCGGCCUUUAAAGAGAAAUUCAGAGAUGAAGUACCCAAGCUGCUCCCUGCGUCUCAAUAACAACAGCAUCACUGACCUGCAUGACCUCCAGCAGACUGUUAGCCACUUCCUGGCUGAGCCAUCACAGCUCUCCUGGCUGGACCUUUCCUUCAACAACAUCUUACACAUAGAUAAAAUUUUGUGCGAGCUCCGUGAACUGCGUGUGUUGUAUCUACACGGCAACAGCAUUUUUAUUCUGUCAGAGGUGGACAGGCUCGGAGUGCUACCACAUCUACACACCAUCACUCUGCAUGGAAAUGUCAUAGAAACCAACAAGGCUUACAGGAAUCGUGUGAUUUCUGCUCUGCCUCAGUUAAAAACGAUGGACUUCAGUGCUGUGACACGCCAGGAGCGAGUUAUGGCAAAGAUUUGGCAUCAGAGCAACAAUCGCAGCAGAAGCAACAAGUUGUUGAAAUCUUAGUUUCACUCAAAUGUUCUGUGUUUCACAUCCACUGCUGGAAACCCUCUCACUGUUUAUCUGUGCUGCAAUCUGCAAUGUUGGUUUUGUCACGUCUAUCUGCUAAAAUGAACAGUUUAAUAUUGGAUUGUCAUCAACACUGUAUCACUUGAUAUAAAGUGAUAGGAGAUAUUGGCUCUGACAUACUGGACGUGUGUAAAUGAUCUGAUAUUGUUGGGUGUUGGAUGCUGUUAUUCUUUUACAACAAAGUGGAAUACCAGGUAUGUGCAUGUGGGUGUUGAGAUCAACUAAAUACGACAUAUGUGCUUAUGUUGAAAAUCUUUAAUGAAUUAAUGAAAUCAAAAAAACAAACAAAAACAACCAAAUUCUUAAAACGUUUUGGUACUAGCCUAAGACAUAUCAAACAUAUUCCAGGUAGUAUAACACAUUUGAGUAACAAACGAAACAGAAACAAAUGCCAAGAACCCAUUGCAAAAAGCUCAAAUCAAUUGCGUGGUUGAAAUUAUCACAGCCUUGCAGAUCAUCCCUUUAGAGACUCUGUGCUCCCUGCACACGCAUACAGUCAUGUGCUCUCCUCCGAAGAGCAAAUAAACAUUUAAAACACAAAUAAAUAAUCACAAAAAGGUCUCGGAUCAUGUUAUCUGUUGCGGUACAUAGAUUGUUAGCGCUCCCCCACACUGCUACAAUGGUUAGUUUCUGAUUAAUAUGAACAACUCAAUCAUAUUAGGAUCUGCAGCGAAAAGCUUUGUUUAAAAGCUAACAAAUGCAGGCCUGAAAAGGGUUCU